AUGAAGCCUUUUUCUCUCAUGUUACUUGCAUUUUGCUCUACAUUCCUUCACCUAUUUCUUCUCUUUACUGUGAACUCAUUGUGGUUUGGCCCAAACACAACUGCCUCUACAUUGGGAAACCAAAUUGACCAUUUGGCAUUGCUCAAAUUAAAGGAAUUAAUAUCCAGUGACCCAUAUGGAAUCUUGUUUUCAUGGAAUAGUUCUACCCACUUUUGCAACUGGCAUGGAAUCACAUGCAACCCCAUGAACCAAAGAGUUACCGAGUUGAACCUACAAGGUUAUCAAUUGCAUGGGCUCAUAUCUCCACAAGUUGGCAAUCUCUCUUUUCUUAUAAACCUCAACCUCGCAAAUAACAGCUUCUUCGGAAAAAUCCCACAAGAAUUGGGUCGAUUGUUACAACUGCAGCAACUCUCUCUCAUCAACAAUUUGUUGACCGGUGGAAUUCCUACAAACUUGACAUGUUUCUCUUCUCUCAAAGGCUUAUUCUUAGCUGGGAACAAUCUGAUUGGCAAAAUACCAAUUGAAAUUGCAUCUCUAAGGAAACUUCAAUAUUUUACUGUUGCAAAAAACAAUUUAACCGGAGGGUUCCCACCCUUCAUAUGGAACCUUUCAUCCCUAACUUUUUUCUCGAUGGCCUUCAAUAACCUGGAGGGAGAUAUUUCGCAAGAAAUAUGCCGCCCAAAAAACCUGACAUUUAUAUCAAUGGCUUCCAACAAAAUGUCGGGUACAUUUCCUUCUUGUCUUUACAAUAUGUCAUCUCUUACUUUAAUCUCAGUUCCAUUGAAUAAAUUUAAUGGCUCUCUUCCUCCAAACAUGUUCCGCACCCUUCCAAAUCUCCAAGUAUUUGAAAUUGGCAAGAAUCAAAUGUCAGGUCCAAUCCCCACUUCCAUUGCAAAUGCUUUUGUCCUUCAAUCACUUGAUAUCAGUAGAAACUAUUUUGUAGGACAAGUUCCCAGUCUGGGGAAGCUAAGAGAGCUGCAAUUCCUGCAAAUGGCUCGCUCCAAUCUAGGUGACAAUUUAACUAUGGAUUUGGAGUUUUUGAAAUCAUUGUCCAAUUGUAGUAAGUUACAAGUGUUAGAUAUGGCCUACAAUAAUUUUGGAGGUCAUUUGCCAAAUUGCUUAGGCAAUUUAUCCUCCCAACUCAGUGAACUAUUUAUUGGGGGUAAUCAAAUAUUAGGACAAAUUCCUGCAGAGUUAGGAAAUCUAAUUAGUUUUAUUCUCUUGACCAUGGAAAAAAAUAGUUUUGAGGGUAUUAUUCCAUCUACUUUUGGAAAAUUUCACAAUAUGCAAGUUUUAGGUUUGAGUGAAAACAAGUUGUCAGGAGAUAUACCAUCCAUCGUAGGCAACCUCAGUUUGUUGUAUUAUAUAGGUUUAGACCAAAAUUUUUUAGAAGGAAACAUUCCUCUAAGUAUACGAAACUGCCAAAAGCUACAAUAUCUAGCCCUUUCCCGAAACAACCUUAGAGGAACCAUACCCUUAGAGAUUUUUAGUCUUUCCUCUUUAACAAAUUUACUAGACUUGUCACACAACUCAUUGAGUGGUAGUCUACCAGGUGAAGUGGGCCAAUUGAAAAAUAUUGAUGAGAUGGAUGUCUCUAAGAAUAACCUAUCUGGUAAUAUUCCUGGAACCAUUGGAGAAUGCUCAAGCUUGGAGUACCUUUAUUUGCAGGGGAAUUCCUUCCAUGGAAUCAUACCAUCCUCUUUGGCUUCACUAAAAGGUCUUCGACAUUUAGACCUAUCACAAAAUCACUUGUCUGGAUCAAUUCCUGGUGUUUUGCAAAAUAUUGCUUUCUUAGAAUACUUAAAUGUGUCAUUUAACAUGUUGGAUGGUGAGGUACCAACACAAGGUGUCUUUCGAAACGCAAGUGAGUUAGCAGUGACUGGAAACGACAAUCUUUGUGGAGGUGUUUCAAAGCCGCAUCUACCGCCAUGCCCUGUCAAAGGUGAUCAACAUGCAAAACACCAUAAUUUCAGGUUGAUAGCAGCAAUAGUUAGUGUAGUUGCUUUUCUUAUCAUAUUGUCAUUCAUUCUCACAUUCUAUUGGAAGAGGAAAACACGAAAGAAACCAUCUUUUGAUUCACCAACAAUUGACCAGCUGGCCAAGGUUUCAUACCAAAACCUACACCUUGGAAGCGAUGGGUUUUCAAUAAGAAACUUGAUAGUAUCUGGAAGUUUUGGCUCUGUGUACAAAGGAACUAUUGAGCCAGAAGACACAAUUGUUGCCAUAAAGGUCCUAAAUCUUCAACAAAAGGGAGCUCAUACGAGUUUCAUUGCUGAAUGCAAUGCACUUAAAAAUAUUAGGCAUCGAAAUCUGGUUAAGAUUUUAACAUGUUGUUCUAGCACAGAUUUCAAAGGUCAAGAAUUUAAAGCUCUUGUGUUUGAGUACAUGGCAAAUGGAAGCUUAGAAAGUUGGUUGCAUCCAGCAGCAGAUAUUGCAGAUCGGCCUAGAUCAUUGAACCUUGAGGAAAGGUUAAAUAUUAUUAAUGAUGUUGCUUCAGCAGUCUAUUAUCUUCACUAUGAAUGUGAGCAAGUUGUCAUUCAUUGUGAUUUGAAGCCGGGUAAUGUUCUUCUUGAUGAUUGCAUGGUGGCUCAUGUGAGUGAUUUUGGCCUAGCAAGAUUGCUCUCAAGUGUUGGAGUCUCUUUGACGCAAAGUAGCACAAUUGGAAUAAAGGGAACUAUUGGUUAUGCUCCUCCAGAGUAUGGAAUGGGUUCCGAGGUGUCAAUUGAAGGCGAUAUGUAUAGCUUUGGAAUUCUGAUUUUAGAAAUGUUAACCGGAAGGAGACCCACAGAUGAAAUGUUUAAUGAUGGUCACAAUCUCCAUGAUUAUGUUAAAUUUUCACUUUCGAAUCACCUUUUGCAGAUUGUGGACCUGACUAUUCUCACCGAUGUAGAAAAUGCCACUGACAAUGAGAACCUUAGCCUUAUGCAUCCUAAUGUAGAAAACUGUUUGCGUUCUCUUUUUAAGAUUGCACUUGUCUGUUCAGUGGAAUCUCCAAAAGAAAGAAUGAGUAUGAUUGAUGUCAACAAGAAGAUCAAUCUAAUCAAAAGUCUUUUCCCUUCAAGAAUUUAA